CAUGCCCAUUCUUGGUACCCGGCUCCAGCCCCGCCCAAUGUGACAGAACGGAGCAGAAUCUAACGGAUCGGAGUUCAUGUGAUUGCCGUUGGCCCCGGUGGCAAUGAUGGUGGACAGAGGCGGAGGAGUUCUUGUCGGCAUGACUCACCCCGUCAAUUCGCUGAAUCUGUCCGGCAAUGGAGGGAGCACCUUGUCGGCACUCAGAGGAGGGAAUGAUGCUGGCGUGGCUGGCGCCGUGGCAGACACUGGAGGACCCAGCUCACUUCCUGUUCCUAUGAACCUCUUUGCAACCUGGGAGGUGGACAGAUGUUCCCCAAGUUGUGUUCCCAGACUCUGCAGUCUGACCCUGAAGAAGCUCCUGGUUCUCAAAGAACUGGAUCGUGACCUCAGCUCUGUCGUCAUCGCUGUGAAAUUACAGGGAUCCAAGCGAGUCCUGCGCUCCAACGAGUAUGUGCUGCCCCCUUGUGGUGUGAUGGAGACAGAGCUGGAGCUGAGCUUCUCCCUGCAGUACCCGCACUUCUUAAAGCGAGAUGCCAACAAGCUGCAGAUCAUGUUACAGAGGAGGAAGCGAUACAAGAACCGCACCAUCCUGGGGUACAAGUCUCUGGCUAUUGGAGUUAUAAACAUGGCUGAGGUGAUGCAGCACCCAACGGAGGGUAUGAGAGUCUUGGAUCUUCACAGCAGCAGGAAGGAGCCCACUGUCCGCGUGGCUGAGAUCAGCAUCCUGUCCCUGUCCAGUCAGCCCAUCGACCACGAGGAGGUGAACGUGCCGGCGCGGCCGAAGAUCAAGGGCCUGGAUAUGGACCGUUACUGGGAGGAAGAGGAGUACGAGGACAGCUACUCCUCAGAGCCAGAGGGAAGUGACGAGUGCCAGGGUCAGGACGUGGACGACGAGGAGGAUGAGAUCAGGAAACCAAAGAAGCUCGGCAGGAAGUUAAUGCGCAGCACGUCUCUUAACCGGCAGCCAAAUUUCAAGCAGAAGUUUGUAUCGUUACUGAAGAGGUUCAAGGUGAAUGACGACCCUCUUGACACGGAGCACACAUGUCGGGAGCCGGAUGAGGAGGAGGAGCUGGGGCUAUUGUACGACAGUCUGGACGAGUGCAACAACAGCGAGAGCGGCUUCGACAUUGAGGACAACGACAGUGUCAUGAGCACCCCGAAACCCACAUUAAGACGAUAUUUCGAGGGGAUUUCGAACUCUGGAUCCCAGACAGAGAUCGGCAGCAUUAACAGCCAGAAAGGGACCGACAAGACCUUCAGUGCAGAUGCUGACGGUUUGCGAGUUCCAGGAACAUCUCGAUCUGAGGACGUUGACACCCGUCCUGCGAUGGAAGGCAGUGAUUCUGCCCCAGGGGGGGUCCUGGCUACCGAUCUCACCACCUGGGACGGCGCAGAAAGGGUGCCACACCUGGGCAUGCUUGGCAGGGCCGAGUCACAGAUCAUCAUGUCUCCCAGACAGGAAAACAAAUUAACCCGCGGCCCUCGCAGCAUCUCUAUGAAGGAUCGGCAGAGCUCCCGGGCCCAGAGUGACCGAGGAAGCAGCUUGGAAGGGGAGAGCUCCCCGGACUCUCGGCUCUGCAGCCAGGUGCCACGGAAGUCGGUGUUUGAUGAACUGAACGAGAUCCUGGGAUCUGAACAGCAUCUUCCAGACAGCAUCGUCCUGCUCAGCACCUCCGAGUGGCAGGGGCAGUAUCUCAACGAGCAGCUGAAGGGGAAGCUCAUGACGGUGUCCACGUGUUCCUCGGCAGACGUUCAGGCUGCCUUCAGCGGCAUCAUUACUCGCAUUCAGAGAUACUGUAACUGUAACUCUCUGAUGCCGCCCCCGGUGAGGGUCCUGAUUGCCGGGGAUCAGAGUUAUCUCAGCGUCAUCCUCAGGUUCUUUGUGGAACAACUGGCCGGGAAAACGCCGGACUGGCUCAGCUACCUGCGCUUCCUCAUUCUGCCACUAGGCCCUCACCCUGUGGCAAAGUACCUGGCCUCCAUCGAUAGUAAAUACAGCUCCCUUUUCAUGGAUUUAGCGUGGAGGGACGUGUUUUGCCAAGCGGAGCCUCCCGCGUCAGACCGUCUGGAUGUGGCGGGACGAGUGUCGCAGUAUCUGACCGGGGCGUCCGUCACGCACCAGCUCUCUAUUUCUGAAGCAAUGCUGACUUACCGGCAGCGGAGGAAGAGAAGUCUUUACUUUGAUUUUUAUACCAGGUACUGUUGCCCCUCGUACCCUCUAAUACUCUCCGUCUUCUACUGCUCAUCACCCUCUACCCUACUAAUGUUGCCUGAAUCGCUCAUCCAUCUCCAGAAAGCCCUGUGUCCCCUGCUGCUUGCCAGGCUUUGGUCCUGCUUGUGCCGGUCUGCACUUGCCUUUCCCCCAGCAUCUCUUGCCUUCCUGCCCCACUGCUCACGUCUCUCUCUGUCCUCCCAUUUGAGUCAUUACUGUCGUCCCCUCACAUCCGACUGUGUUUCAGGCUCAUUGCCAUCUGGCUCCACAUUGAUCUGUUGACUGUGUGAGUGGCCGCUCUGUUUGACGAGUGACUCCCUGGCUGUCUUUAGACUGUAAGAUCUCCCUGAGUCCGUAUGAUACGGGCUCUGCUCGGUCAUUGUCCGUGAAAACCGUGCACUCACUGUGAUCGAGGCUUAUUGUGAGUAAUCAAGGCUUGUGAUUGUGACUUUGUGCUCUAAUUAAUGAAAGUCGGAUCCUGUGUGCAGCGGGCAGAGAGCGCUAAUAACAUUCCAGCUGUCACUUUGCUGCGUGACUUCUGUGUAUCACUGCUCCAUUCUGACUGUACCGUUCAUGUGAGCGCCUGUUACGGCUGUACAGUUUAUGUACAGCGGCUAUACUGACUCCGUUCAGUCUGUCCAUGUUCUGUCUGUAUGUGGAGUGGGUAUACUCUGAUAAGUCUGUCAUGUGCCACUAAUCUACCACUAUAGUGAGAGGGUGGUAGAUAAGUGGAACAGCCUCCCAGCAGAGGUGGUAGAGGGUAAUACAGUGAGGUUAUUAAACAUGCAUGGGAUAGACAUACGGCUCCUGAAUCUAA